AUGUUUAGUUAUGCUUGGAUACACAGACACCACUGCUACAUGGCCUGCAGUACUCAGUCCAGGAACCUGCUGUGCAGGCUGUAGCCUGGGAUCAGGAGGCUGCACCUUAGAGCCUAGGUGUGGAGUGGGCUGCACCAUCCGGGUCUGUGCCUGCCGAGGGGCCCAGACAGCUGCUGCCACCGCUCCCCGAAUCAAGAAAUUUGCCAUCUACCGAUGGGAUCCAGACAAAACUGGAGAUAAACCUCGUAUGCAAACUUAUGAAGUUGAUUUGAAUAAAUGUGGUCCUAUGGUGUUGGAUGCUUUAAUCAAGAUUAAGAAUGAAAUGGAUUCUACCUUGACCUUCCGAAGAUCUUGCAGGGAAGGCAUCUGUGGCUCCUGUGCAAUGAACAUCAAUGGAGGCAACACUCUAGCUUGCACCCGGAGGAUUGACACCAACCUCAACAAAGUCUCAAAAAUCUACCCUCUUCCACAUAUGUAUGUGAUAAAGGAUCUGGUUCCUGAUUUGAGCAACUUCUAUGCUCAGUACAAAUCCAUCGAGCCUUAUUUGAAGAAGAAGGAUGAGUCCCAGGAAGGCAAGCAGCAGUACCUGCAGUCCAUAGAAGACCGCGAUAAACUGGAUGGGCUGUACGAGUGCAUCCUCUGUGCCUGCUGCAGCACCAGCUGCCCCAGCUACUGGUGGAAUGGAGACAAAUACUUGGGACCUGCGGUGCUCAUGCAGGCCUAUCGCUGGAUGAUCGACUCCAGAGACGACUUCACGGAGGAGCGCCUGGCCAAGCUGCAGGACCCCUUCUCCCUCUACCGCUGCCACACCAUCAUGAACUGCACCAGGACCUGUCCCAAGGGGCUGAAUCCAGGGAAAGCUAUUGCUGAAAUCAAGAAAAUGAUGGCAACCUACAAGGAAAAGAAAGCUUCCGCCUAACUCUUCUCAUGCUAACCAUGACCUGUAACCAGCUCAGCUGGACAUAAUUUAUAUCUAAUUUGAGUUUCCAUGAUUAUAGCAUGUAAAAUAAAGUUUUAAGAAAAAAAUAAAUGUUAUUCUACUUUAUUAA